CAAACGUUUUCGUCAAAAUCUAACAGUACCAAAUUUUAUUUAUGAACAUUAGUACUGAAUUUGAAUCCUGAAUUACAUUUGACACCUAUUUGUGAUUUAGUAUCAUCGAAAAAUUAAGGUGAUGUAGAGAUAUUUGGAGCCGGUCGAUAGCUCGCAGUUGAAAACGAUCGGGCAACAGAAAGAGACAAGUUAUCAGGUAGCGGUGCCGAAGGCUGUGGAGGCGGUUUGACUAUUUUUUGUUGCACCGCUGAUUGUGAAAGAUUACACUUGAGAGUCGAAAUACAUCUUUACAUCACACGUCAGUGGCCAGUGAGCUGUCUUCAAAGUAACACGGAUUCGACACACGCAGUUUCCUUUUACGUAAUCAUGCUUGCGUGCAACCUGUGAUUGUAGUGAUAGACUCAUUGUGAUUUUCUUGGACUUUUGUAUGUGCUAGAACUUAUUUGGUGUUUGGAGUCGCUGUAUCUGCUUCAAGAUUCGUUGCUGCGUCAAUGGCUGUAUCCACAUUAAACAUGACUCCCUAUUUCACUGGAUACUCUUUCCAAGGACAAGGACGUAUGAAUCAGUUAGGCGGAGUCUUCAUUAACGGACGUCCUCUGCCGAACCACAUCCGUCUAAAAAUCGUGGAGAUGGCAGCGGCGGGUGUUCGGCCUUGUGUCAUCUCAAGACAGUUGAGGGUCUCCCACGGCUGUGUUUCUAAAAUACUCAAUAGAUACCAGGAAACUGGAUCUAUACGCCCUGGUGUGAUAGGGGGAUCGAAGCCGAGAGUAGCCACGCCCGAAGUUGAAAACAGGAUCGAAGAAUUGAAGAGACAAAACCCAGGUAUAUUUUCCUGGGAAAUUAGAGAUAAAUUAAUAAAAGAAGGCAUAUGUGAUAAAAACACCGCGCCAUCAGUAAGUUCGAUUUCGCGACUCAUAAGAGGAGGCAAAAGGGACGAAUCAGAUCCUAGAAGGAACCACAGUAUAGAUGGUAUUCUUGGACCAUCCUCAUCGUGUGAGGAUUCUGAUACGGAGUCUGAGCCUGGUAUAACGUUAAAAAGAAAACAACGAAGAUCUAGAACAACCUUUUCUGGAGAUCAACUUGAAGCUCUCGAGCGCGCUUUCACGCGAACCCAAUACCCAGACGUUUACACUCGUGAAGAAUUAGCUCAAAAGACGAAGUUGACUGAAGCACGUGUUCAGGUAUGGUUCUCAAACCGAAGAGCACGUCUUCGCAAACAACUGAACUCACAACAAUUGAGUGCUUUUAAUACAAUGUCUUUACAAUCUGCAUUUCCCUCCGUUCAUCAACAAUACGAACCACCAACAACAUUUAAUGCACAGUGCGCGUCGUGGCAACAAUCAUAUUCUGCUUUGGGUAGCAGUUCUGUUCUGAAUUCUGCUUUGGCACCUUCUUUACAUCAGUCAUCAUUAUCAGCUCCUUCUGUUUGUCAAUCUGCUCUUACAGCACCAUCCCUCCAUCCUCCCACAUCGAGUUCAUAUUCAUCAGGAAACUUGACGCCAUUGUCACAUUCAUCUGAACUGCCUACACCUAUACAAGCCUCUACUGAUGCUACACCACCAAGUUCAAGCCCAAUCACUUCCAGCCCUGCUGGAAAUCAAAGCGGCGGCAUCACUUACCAACAUCCAACUUACACUAAUACUAGUGAUGUAGUUUCACACCCAUACGGCUAUGGUGACUACGCAAAACAAGAACAUAUGUCAGCACAUAACCACUGGACUUCAAGACAACUGAGUGGACAUUCACAAAAUAAAUUAGCAGAAGUCAGCGCUUGGCCAGAAAAUUAUAGUUCAUUCUUUGGCGCGAAUACUCACUAUGCGUCGCACGCGCAUUCACCUAGUGAAGCAAAGUCUGGUUAUCCCUAUAUAGGACAGCUUGGCGGAAUGGAUAUGGGGAGAGUUCAUUGAUGCAUGUACCAUAAGACAAGACAAAUAAACUACCCUUAUUGUAAUAGUUUUGGAAAUAGGUCUUUGCGGAUGUGAGGGUUUUAUUGUUUCUUAAUUAAAACGGAUGUUUAAAAUGUUAUGUAUAAUAUUCAGCCUUGUAAUGUACUUAUGUUAAUGCAUAUCUACAGUGCCUUGGAUUCAGAUGUAUAAAUUUUUGAUAUUUCUAUUUUUAUAGCUUUAUUUACCUCUACUAUUUUGUAAGUAAAUUUGUUCCUAUAAAUAGUAAUUAUUCAUAGUUCAAUUGACUUAUAUCUUAACUUGCAAUUGUUUAGUAUGAAAGUAGAUUUAAUUAUAAUUUAAGAUAUGUAUAUAGUGUAGAAUAUUUACAUAAGUAUUUUCUUAGUUAGCAGUUUUUAUAGCCUUGUUGCAAUUGUGAUUUUUCGAUGUAUUUAUUAUAAAGUUACGUUUUAAUUAUAAUAGUAUAAUUUAAUGUAAUAAGCACUUUUAAAAAUUGUUUAUACAAAUAAACUUUAACAUUUAAAAUAUA